GAAAUUUGUCAUAUCUAAACAGUGCUUGUGUUCAAAAAGGUGUCGUAAAGUGAUUUCAAAACUAAUAAUCCAAGAUGGAUUGGAAUUUAGUUCUCGUGACUGUGGUCACAUUGCUGGUGGCAGGAUAUUUAUACGUGAAGAAGAAGUUCCAAUACUGGGACGAAAGAGGAGUUCCAUUCGUCAAACCCGAAUUUCCGUUCGGCACUCUCAAAGGAAUGGGGAAAACUAGGCAUACAACUGAAAUUUUCACAGAAGCGUACAAACAAGUGAAGGGAAAAGGCCCAUUCGCCGGAAUUUUUUUCUUCACUAAACCCGUCAUGUUUCCGACAGAUUUGGAUCUACUGAAGAAUAUAUUCGUGAAAGAUUUUCAAUACUUCCAAGACCGUGGAGCAUAUGUUAACGAGAAAGAUGAUCCCUUAUCUGGACAUUUGUUUUCACUGUCUGGACAGCGUUGGAGAAAUUUGAGGAACAAACUCAGCCCAACAUUCACUUCCGGAAAGAUGAAGAUGAUGCACAGCACAAUUAUCGCCGUUGCCAAGGAAUUCCAAAAUUAUCUAGAGCCGAUUGCUCAGAAGAACCAGGAACUCGAGAUUAAGGAUGUUUUGUCACGAUUCACGACUGACGUUAUUGGAAAUUGUGCUUUUGGAAUUGAGUGCAGCAGCCUGAAAGAACCCGAUACGGAAUUCAGACGAAUUGGAAAAAAAGUGUUCGAUAUAACUCCAUUUGAGUUUAUUCGAUUCUUCUUUAUACUAAUGUUCCAAGAUUUAGGAAGAGCACUUAAGAUGAAAAUAACUAAGCCAGAAGUUUCAGAAUUCUUCAUGAGACUCCUCAAGGAAACCACCGAAUACCGGGAACAAAACAAAAUCAAACGAAAUGAUUUCCUGGAUCUCCUACUGCAAAUCAAGAAUACCGGAAAGCUCGAGGGCGAUGAUAUUGAUCUAGGAAAGAUGACUUUCGAAGAACUCGCGGCUCAAAUAUUCUUGUUCUUCAUUGCUGGAUAUGAAACCUCAUCAUCCACGAUGACUUUCGCUCUGUACGAACUUGCCCAACAUCAGGAUAUUCAGGACAAGGCUAGAGAAGAAGUUCACAGGGUGCUCGAAAAGCAUAACGGAGAAUAUUCGUACGAAGCUUGCAUGGAAAUGAAAUAUCUCGAUCAAGUCAUUAACGAAACGCUCAGAAAGCAUCCAAUUGUGGAUAACCUCUUCAGAAUUUGCGGUCAGGAUUAUGCUGUUCCCGGAACAAAACAUGUCAUUGAGAAAGGAACUCCCGUAAUUAUUCCCGUCUAUGGCAUUCAUCGUGAUCCCGAAAUCUACCCAGAUCCAGAGAAAUUCGAUCCCGAUCGAUUCACGGAUGAAAAUAUUAAGAGUCGCCAUCCUUAUGCUUGGCUUCCGUUCGGCGAAGGACCCAGGAUUUGCGUUGGAAUGAGAUUCGGAAUGAUGCAGACUCGAGUUGGAUUGGCAAAUCUACUUCAGAAGUAUCGCGUUAAGACUUGUUCAAGGACAUCAAUUCCUCUUGUGCUGGAUCCAACUUAUACUGUGAUGUCUCCCAAAGAAGGAAUGUGGUUGAAAUUAGAUGCAAUAUGAUGCAAUUAGCAAACGCCAUUCGUCAUGACUAACCAAGCGAUAUUCCUGGAAUUAUCACUCGUGUGAAAAGUACAAUGAAAUAUUUGUAGUUAUCUACUGUGUCCAGAAAUAAUGUUAUCUGGGAAUGAUUGUGCUUAUUUUCAAUGCGUUUCUUAAGCGAAAAUAAAUAGUCAGAAGCCCAACUGAAUCUUAUCAG